AUGAACUCGCCGCCCGAUAUGCCAGUGCUGGUUGAAUUCCAUGCCCCAUUCUGCAUGACAUGCCGUAAAAUGAUGGCAAGAUUCAGCAAAAUGUCGAAGAAGAAAAGAGAUGCUAUCUUUCUAAGUGUCAAUGUGAAAGAGCACAAGAGUGUGGCAAGUAUGUACAAUGUGAAGGACGUUCCUUCUUUUGUGCUUUUUCGCAGUGGGUCAUUGAUCGCUCAGUACAAGGGGGCAAUAAGUGAGCGAGAGUUGUUGAAGCUCAUCGAAAGCUAA